GUCAGGUCGCUGGAAGAGAAGAGGCAUUUGGAUUGGUAAUAUCAUGUCUUGCAGGCCCUGCAUUGAAUUGGUAUAAUACUCACAUUAAGGGCAAAAAUUGGAGAUGUAAUAAUUUCUCAGAUAACUUAGGUGUAGCUACUUUAACUGCUAUUCGAGCAAUAGGUGCUGGAAAUGGUAGUAAUCAGAUUGGUGGUUUGAAUACUGCAAGAGAAUUUCGUAACAAAGCUGGAGCAGAAAUUGGUAGAAUUGAAGCAAGUGUCGCAACUGUUUUUGGUCAACUCAUGCAAGGAGAUAUGAGUGUUGAAGAGUUCUCCACUCGAAUCAAAAAGGUUGGUAAAUUGGCCGGAAUAACACCCGAACAACAAAGAGAGCAAUUUAUUC